AAUUUGAGUUACGAGCUCUGUCACGGAACAAAUUAAACUCGUAAGUCAAGGCCCCACUGUAUUCCCAGGAUUGUUCUGCUCGGGGGAGAAGCCCCCAGGUCCCCAGGUCACGGCAGGGGAGUCUUCUGCCUGUGGGAUGUGCUUCAUUAUGUACUUGGACGUGGGGCCAUCACAGACUUUGGAGUCAUCAGGAAUCUGGAAGUAACUACAGCAGCUGGCAGGGCAUAAGGGGGCUGGUUCCACAGGCCAUGCUCACUUCACUGUCAGGUGUAUGGGAGCCCCACCUCCCUCUCUCAGCACAACAUCCUGUUGGGCCCUAGUCCCUUCACCAGAGCUGUGGGGGAAGGGAGACGGCUGCCCAGCCUGUAAUUGUGAUGGAGGGUGGGGGUUGUACAGGUCGGUCUGCAUGAUCCUAAGAGCUAUGGGUUUCCAGGACCAGCUUCUGCCUUCAGCAAGCAGGUGUCUGACCACCCAGAGCCACAUACACUCUCCCCACCUCACCCCAGGUGGGACUUCCUCACACCUCAGGGUCUCCCUGGGCCUCCAUCUCACCCCUGCUGAGCCUUGUUUCCUCCUCUGACAGGGGCAGCACAGAUGCCCCCUCCAGGCUGGGUUCAGAGACCCGGGGAGGGGCAUCAGCCAGUGUGGGAAGGGGAGGGAGGGAGGGCCGGGGGUUCCUCUUUGCUAUCAAACAGGAACACUGGGUGUUUCUCAGUGGCUUCGAGGAUACCGACGAAAACCCCAGAAUACUGAGUCAUUGUGGUGGCAGCUGAUAGAGAGCACUCAUCCCUGCACCCUCCUAGAAGCAGAAAGACUGGACACUUCUCUCAGCUCCGUGGCCCAAGCAGCACAUGGAAUUUCAUAACCUGAGCGCUCCCUCGCCGCCCUGCCUCCCAGCCUCUUCCCCAAAGGUGGCCGCGUUCCUGGCGCCAGUCCUGGGCGUGGAGUUCAUCCUGGGCCUGCUGGGGAACAGCCUGGCCCUCUUCAUCUUCUGCGUGCACACGCGGCCCUGGUCCUCCAACGUGGUGUUCUUGGUCAGCCUGGUGGCGGCGGACUUUCUCCUGAUCGUCAGCCUGCCCCUGCGCGUGGACUACUACUUCUACCAGGAGACCUGGCGAUUCGGGCCCACGGCCUGCAAGGCCAACCUCUUCAUGCUGUCGGCCAACCGCUCGGCCAGCGUCGUCUUCCUCACGGCCAUCGCGCUCAACCGCUACCUGAAGGUGGUGUGGCCGCACCACGCGCUGAGCCGGGCCUCGGGGCGCACAGCCGCCGGGGUGGCCGGGGGGCUCUGGGGGGGCAUCCUGUUGCUCAACGGGCACCUGCUUCUGAUCACCUCUCAGGGGAAGUUCUGCCUCAGCUACCAACUGGGCAUGAGCCCUUGGGCCGGGCACCACUGGCACCAAGCGCUGUUCGUCUUGGAAUUCUUCCUGACAUUUGCGCUCAUCCUCUUCGCCAUCGUGAGCAUCGGGCUGACCAUUCGGCGCCGGGGCCUGGGCGGGCAGGCGGGCCCGCGGCGGGCCCUGCGCAUGCUGGCCGCGGUGGCGGCCGUCUACACCAUCUGCUUCCUGCCCAGCGUCCUCUUUGGCCUGGCGUCCAUCGUGGCCUUCCGCCUGCACGCCUGCCGCGCCCUGGACCUCUGCUCGCAGCUCUUCCACGGCUCCCUGGCCUUCACCUACCUCAACAGCGUCCUGGACCCCGUGCUCUACUGCUUCUCCAGCCCCAGCUUCUUCCGCCAGUGCAAGGCCCUGCUGGGCCUCGGCCAGGGCUCACAGGACCCAGCCAGCGAUGAGAGCUCCAGCCAGCCCCCCACCCGCCUCCAGGAGGCCUCCAGAAUAGAGGCCCCGGGGAAGCUGCAGGCGCAGGGCUCCCUGGAGGUCUCGUUGGAGUGAGGGACUAGGGUCUGCGGCAGUGGGGAGCCUGGCUUGGAGGGACAAGGUCACUCCUGGACUGUUGCCAGCAGAGACUGCCACAACCAACUGGACAAGGGACAUCUGCAGGAGCCAGGUGGGUGGCAGGGAGAGAAACAGGCUUGGCCUCACCGAGACGUGUGUCCCUGGUGCCAUCCCGAGGGCAGGAGGAGUCAGAUGGCAGGUGGGGACGGCAGGGGCUGCAGGGGCUGCCCAAUCCCGCCGGGUCGGAGCUGAUGGCUGAGAGCAGCUGCGUUUUCUCGCUUGUCCCUUUCAAUAAGAAUAAACUUCCUUUUGAAAAUGCAAGCCUAUCUUGGCUGUUCUAAAGAAACCUGAAUAAAUGUCUUUGGGUCCACCCAGUCCUGGCAUCAGUAGGGUUCGAAGGGAAUGCCCCCAAGGUG